GACUACAAGUCAGGGCUGAAACUACAGUUCCCAGCAGGCAGCGGGGCUGCAGACGGCCGCGGCGGAGGAGAGCGAGUAGAAGAGCCUUGCGCGCGCGGUGAGGAUGGAACGUUGCUAGAGUUCGCGGGUCUUGCUGCUGGGGGUCGGAGCUGCACGCCGCGAGCCGCCGCGUGCCAAAGCGGGAAUCCCGGUGGCGGACAGUUCUGCAAUUAAUGCACCCAUUUAAAACUCCAGAACUUGUGGACGCCAUGCACAGGAAACACCUCCAGGAGAUUCCUGACCAGGGUAGCAACGUUACUACCAGCUUCACAUGGGGAUGGGAUUCUAGCAAGACUUCUGAACUGCUGUCAGGCAUGGGGGUCUCCGCCCUGGAGAAAGAGGAGGUGGACAGUGAGAAUAUCCCCCAGGAACUGCUCUCAAACCUGGGCCACCCUCAGAGCCCCCCACGAAAACGGCUGAAGAGCAAGGGGAAUGACAAGGAUUUUGUGAUAGUCCGCAGACCUAAACUAAAUAGAGACAGCUUUCCAGGUGUUUCAUGGGACUCCCUUCCGGACGAGCUGCUCUUAGGAAUCUUUUCCUGUCUGUGCCUCCCUGAACUCUUGAAGGUCUCCAGUGUUUGUAAGAGGUGGUAUCACCUAGCGUUUGAUGAGUCCUUGUGGCAGACCUUGGACCUCACAGGUAAAAACCUGCACCCGGAUGUGAUUGGCCGGCUGCUGUCUCGAGGGGUGGUUGCCUUCCGCUGCCCACGAUCAUUUGUGGAUCAACCAUUAGUUGAACAUUUCAGCUCUUUCCGUGUGCAACACAUGGAUCUGUCCAACUCUGUAAUCGAUGUGUCUACCCUCCACGGCAUUCUGUCCCGGUGCUCCAAGCUGCAGAAUCUAAGCCUGGAAGGCCUCCAGCUGUCAGAUCCCAUUGUCAAUAACCUAGCACAGAACUCAAAUUUAUUGCGACUAAAUCUUUCUGGGUGUUCUGGAUUCUCCGAAUCUGCCCUGAAGACUUUGCUGAGCAGCUGUUCCAGAUUGGAUGAGCUGAACCUCUCCUGGUGUUACGACUUCACUGAAAAGCACGUGCAAGUGGCUGUCGCGCAUGUGUCAGAGACCGUCACCCAGCUGAACCUCAGUGGCUACCGAAAGAAUCUCCAGAGGUCAGAUGUCUCUACCUUAGUUGGAAGAUGCCCCAAUCUUGUCCACCUAGACUUAAGUGAUAGUGUCAUGCUGAAGAAUGACUGCUUUCCAGAAUUUUACCAGCUCAACUACCUCCAACAUCUAUCACUCAGUCGAUGCUAUGAUAUCAUACCUGAAACUUUACUUGAACUUGGAGAAAUUCCCACACUAAAAACACUACAAGUUUUUGGAAUCGUGCCGGACGGUACCCUUCAACUGUUAAAAGAAGCCCUUCCUCAUCUACAGAUUAAUACUUCCCAUUUCACCACCAUUGCCAGGCCGACCACUGGCAACAAAAAGAACCAGGAGAUAUGGGGCAUCAAAUGCCGGCUGACACUGCAAAAGCCCAGUUGUCUAUGAAGUAUUUUUUGCAGGAUGGUGUCUCCUCUUUUCUUUGGAACAGGGAAAAUAGGCAGGAAGCCCGCUUGCUGGAGCACUCAGCUAUUGUUAUUCUCGGUUUUCCCUUUGCCUUCAUUCUGCAAGUAUAUUAGACAACCAUUGAGAGAGAAAACUAUGAAGUUUUGCUUUUUCUAAGUAACUAUAAAAGCUUCCGUCACUGCUUCUGUGCCUUUAAAAGCCUGUUUUAGGCCUUUUGAAAUUUUAGGAGAACCGGUAAUUUCAAAAGACCUUAAACGGCAAGAUUUGAGCCACCUCUUCCAAGUGCCCUUCUUAUUCAAUCUAUUUAGAAUCAAGUAUAAGAGUCACCACCAGCAAAUCAUUUUCACAGUCUAUAUGGUAACUUUCUUCUAUUUAACUUUUCAGUAUUGCUUUAUGAGACAUAGAUUGGUAGAAGAAUAAGCUAUUUGUAUUGUGAGUGGAACAAAAGAAUCAUAGGAUGGAUAGUAGCGUUUGUGGUAAUCUCUUCUGGAGAUAGAAAAAUAUGCAUUUCAACUUUGCCUUUAGAUUUGAAGCUAGGUUCAUGGAAACAAAUAGCCCUGGGCAAUUCACCUUGAAACCUAAAUUUUAAAAAACAGCUAACCAACCAGAGGUAAAGAAUUGUUGGUAUGGACUUUGAAGGCUCAAGAGGCAACUUUCUAUGACGAGUUAAUCUGAAGUACCCUCUAAUGCACGUUACUGAAGUUUCCUUAAUGGACUUUGUUCCCAGAAUUCUGUAUUAGCUGAGGAAACAGAAUUGUGGUCUUCUAACUUUGCGAUCAAAUCAUGUUAAGUGGGUUCUUUAGCUUUUAAAAUGGCUCACUUUGUUUUAGAAAUGUGGUGGUAACGAGUCUUUGUUCUCGAAAUUUUGGACAGAAUGCCAAACUGAAGUUGCCUGCCAUUUUCCUUUAUUGCCAAGGCUCUUAAAGUUAUUUUUAUAUUACUCUGGAAUCAAGUAUUUUAAAUUGCCUUUAAAAAAAAAAUUGUCUCCCACAAUAAUUGUUUGAAAGCCAUUGUUUUAUAAAGUUACUGGACCUAGAGUCCUGUGAGAGGAACUGCAUGCUCGUUCACUCAGAAAGACACACCAGAAGUAGGUAUAUGUUCCAUGCAGUUUCAAAGCAGUAAGACAGCUUGAACCUAUGUAAAAGUUAAAACUCAGGUGUGGAACCUUUUGAUAGGAACAGUGAUUUUUUUUUUUUUUUUAAUGGUGUCUAGAAGAAAAAUGAUUAAGUUCUACUUAAAAAAAAACAAAACAAAAAAAAAAGACACAAAACACUAACUUCCUAUUUACACUGAUGACCUUCCCUGAUGUUCAAAAUGGAACAAAAAAAGCCAAAACCCAUCAUUUCUAUUAACGUUGUUUUCAAAUCAGGUUUUUCAAAUGUUAGAAACAACGAUGCGAAGUGCCCUUAUCUGCUCAGACCUAAGGACGAACAUUUUACAGUGGUGUUAUACAAGAAAUGAUUAUGUUUUGAUUUUGUACUGGUUAAAAAAGUGCUAAAUUUACUACAUGAAAUUAUUGUUUACAGAUUAGUGACAAGGGCUGAUGAUAGGAUCCAGAUGGGCUGUGAUUUCCAGAUGCCCUCAGACACACAGUACUUCCAAACUCAAGUCCAGCCAUAAGCUAUUUUGCUAACAUGUCAGAGUAAUCUGUAUUUUUGUAUGUGAUUUCUACUUUUAUAGACUUGUUUUAAAAUAAAACACAUUUUUAUAAAAAUGAGUACUUCAGCUAA